GGGUGCACUCUCCGGAAGAGCCCAUCCCCCCGCCUCCACGUCAGAGCACCCCCCCUCCCGGCUUCCCCCUUCCCCCCCCCCCCCCCCCCCCCCCCCCCCCCCCCUUUUUUUUUUUUUUUUUUUUUUUUUUUUCUGGAAAGAAUCGGGCCCCACUCGGCCUCCCCCAACGCAAACUCCGCCUCGAAAGAACCCCGGAGCCGCCUCGGGGCCCCCGGACUGCCGCUGGGCUCGUUCCCCUCUCCCCUCCCGACCUCCUCUUCCACCGCCGCGGGCACUCUCGGGGCAUUUUGACUUCUGGCUUCUUCCCUCGCUUUUUCUCGCCGCCCCGCAGCCGGGCCCCGCGCGUCCCGCCUGCGCGCUGUCGCUUUAAGCCGGUGCCUAGCGCUGCGCCCCUCCCUCACCCCUGCCGGCGCUCCCCGGCUGCUCCUCGCAGCCCCUCCCGCGCCUCCUCCUCCUCCUCCUCCCCUCCCGCUCCUCCUCCUGCGCUCCCGCUCGUCCUCGCCGCCGCCGGCCAGUCGCCCGCUCCGCUCCGCUCCUCGCAGCCUCCCGGACCCGCAGCCAUGGCCGACAUCAAGACGGGCAUCUUCGCCAAGAACGUGCAGAAGCGGCUCAACCGCGCGCAGGAAAAGGUCCUUCAGAAGCUUGGGAAAGCUGAUGAGACAAAAGAUGAGCAGUUUGAAGAAUAUGUCCAGAACUUCAAGCGGCAAGAGGCAGAGGGUACCAGGCUUCAGCGAGAACUCCGAGGAUAUUUAGCAGCUAUCAAAGCCAUGCAAGAAGCCUCCAUGAAGCUCACCGAGUCGCUGCACGAAGUCUAUGAGCCUGAUUGGUAUGGGCGGGAAGAUGUGAAGAUGGUGGGCGAGAAAUGUGAUGUCCUGUGGGAAGACUUCCAUCAGAAACUAGUGGAUGGGUCCUUGCUGACACUGGAUACCUAUCUGGGCCAAUUUCCUGACAUAAAGAAUCGCAUCGCAAAACGCAGCAGGAAGCUGGUGGACUAUGACAGCGCUCGCCACCAUCUAGAAGCUUUGCAGAGCUCCAAGAGGAAGGAUGAAAGUCGAAUCUCUAAGGCAGAAGAGGAAUUUCAGAAAGCACAGAAAGUGUUUGAAGAGUUUAACGUUGACUUACAAGAGGAGUUACCAUCGUUAUGGUCAAGACGAGUUGGGUUUUACGUCAACACUUUCAAAAAUGUUUCCAGCCUCGAGGCCAAGUUUCAUAAGGAAAUAGCGGUGCUUUGCCACAAAUUGUACGAAGUCAUGACGAAGCUGGGCGACCAGCACGCUGACAAGGCCUUCACCAUUCAAGGAGCUCCCAGCGAUUCUGGUCCUCUCCGCAUCGCAAAGACCCCAUCGCCGCCCGAGGAGCCUUCGCCCAUCCCGAGCCCAACAGCUAGUCCCAAUCACACGCUGGUACCUGCGUCUCCUGCACCGGCAAGGCCUAGGUCACCUUCACAGACCAGGAAAGGGCCUCCUGUCCCACCUCUGCCCAAAGUCACUCCAACAAAGGAACUUCAACAGGAGAACAUCAUCAAUUUCUUUGAGGACAACUUUGUUCCGGAAAUCAGUGUGACGACACCUUCGCAGAAUGAAGUCCCCGAGGUGAAGAAAGAGGAGACAUUGUUGGAUCUGGACUUCGACCCUUUCAAGCCUGAGGUGACACCUGCAGGUUCUGCUGGAGUGACCCACUCACCCAUGUCGCAGACAUUGCCCUGGGACCUAUGGACGACAAGCACUGAUUUGGUACAGCCGGCUUCCGGUGGUACAUUUAAUGGAUUCACCCAGCCCCAGGACACUUCAUUGUUCACCAUGCAGACAGACCAGAGCAUGAUCUGUAACUUGGCUGAAUCUGAACAGGCCCUACCCACAGAGCCGAAAGCAGAGGAGCCCCCUGCUGCUGCCACACCUGCUGUUGGGCUGGACUCUGGACUGGACACCCGGGCUGAGGAGCCAGUGGAGGGGGCAGUGGUCGUGCCUGGGACGGAUGCUGAUGUGACUGUUGCCACCUUGGUUUCGGCUGCUGAGGAGGCCCCGGUGGAGGAGGCAGAGAUGGAGAAGGCAGCUCUUCCCACUGGGGAAGGAGCAGGUGUAGAGGAGGCCCGGACCGACGCGGAUACCGCACAGGCCAUGGAUGGUGACAGAUCUCAACCCGAAGAGUCCGAAGUAGCAGCACCUCAGGAGAAGGUCAUCCCUUCAGUUGUCAUAGAGCCCGCCUCCAACAAUGAAGGGGAAGAACACGAAGCAGCUGAGGUGGCAGAGACCAAGGAGACCCCCAUGGCCGCGGCUUCCGCCAGCGAGCCCCCAGAGCUGGCCGCAGAGCCCAGGGCGGGUGAGGACUCCCAGCCCGUGCCUUCCGCUCCAGCCGCAAGCCAGUUGUCUCAGGAAGUGCCUCCCGGCUUCCUCUACAAGGUGGAAACACUGCACGAUUUUGAGGCAGCAAAUUCUGAUGAACUUACCUUACAAAGGGGUGACGUGGUAUUGGUGGUCCCCUCAGAUUCAGAAGCUGACCAGGAUGCAGGCUGGCUGGUGGGAGUGAAGGAAUCAGACUGGCUUCAAUAUAGAGACCUCGCCACCUACAAAGGCCUCUUUCCAGAGAACUUCACCCGGCGCCUGGAUUAGGGCCAAAAAUAUUGUAGAAAGAGCCUAUCGGGUUUUUAAACCCGCGGGGAAAACCCAAACCGUUCACUUUUGCUAUUACACUCUUAAUGAUUUACAGGCUGGUGCCAGACAAAGCUUGAAAAGAUAUAUCAAUGGAGCAUGUGUGCAAGAAAAAAAAAAAAAAGAUAAAAGAAAAAAAAAAACCCACAAAAAAUGUGAGAGAAAAAAGUAAAUUACAGAUAAGGUCCUCACUGGUUCCCACGUUAUCGAUUAACAGGUUUAUUUGUACUUUGUCCAAGCUGUGGAGACUCUUGUACUUGAUCCCCUCCCACCAGUGCUGCAGUAGCUUUCUCCAGACCAGAACCUUAAUUUCUCUGCGCCAAGUGUAUGGUAUUGAGCGGCUGUCCUGCAGAAGACGUGAUGAGUUAUCCUGUAGUUCGAGAUUAUCUUGUUCCCUUGCACAGGUGUGAGCACGUGCUCGCUCUCUCCCAAGUUUACCGUGUUUAAACUGUUGGCACACGUUUUCAGUGUUCUUUCCCACCACCUCUCUCUCUGUAUAUGUAUAAGGACACACAGGUACACACGCUAGUUCCCAUCUCUCCCCGAUCUAUGUGUAUGCCCAGCGCCACGCUACAUAUACAUAGUUGCCUUUUGCUUUCUUUCGUUCCAUCUGAGCUCUUUGCCUCUCGAGUGUCAUUGAUACAUGCAUUGCCCUGGCUCUGUCUGGCAUUUACAGUUGCAGUUUUGCCUCCGGGCAAAACCCGCCAUCCCAUUGCCAAAACAGUCGACAGUAUCUGUGUUUUGUAAUGUGCAUUUUUUCAGGAUGCCAUGACAAAUAGCAUGUCAGAGCUGCUGUCCCUUUGGAGAAAGCCGAGCCUCAUUGUCUAGGUGUCCGGCUGCGGUGGCUGGAGGUAAGCUAGCUGGGAUGAGCAGCUAUGUAGUGUUAACUUCUGCCUUUCUAAGAUUGGCUGCCUGAUGGGGCAUAAAAGUCCACCCCCAAAGAACACUAUAUAUAUAUUAAAAAAAAAAAAAGCUCCUAUAUAUUUCCAACUCUUUAUAUUUAUGCGACUCAUCUUCCCAGAUUGUCCCGAAAUAAGAUAGGUGAUGUAUGCUGUAUCCACAAAUCAUGUGUAACGACUAUGUUUUCAGUGCUGUGUCAUUCCAAAUAAACCAUUGGUAAUCUCCAGCAAUUAC